UAUUUAACCUACUAUUUUCGAAACAAUUUGAACAUGCAAUGCAUAUGAAUUAUUGAGCUAGUUUGCAUUAUUUUCUUCCAUUAAGUCUUCAGGAUCCAGCGUGCAUGCCAAGUGUCUGGCAUAUCGAACACAGCUACAUUUCAAGCAUUCGGGAACAGAGAGACUGUGGCAGACGCACUAGCUUCAAGUCUAUGGAUUUUAUCUUAGCCUGUCCCUCCAAUAGAAACUGUCACCCUUGGGUAACCUCUGCACACGCUGGGAAAACAGUGGUUCUGACAGAUGGCGGCUUAUCUCCAUCACUAUUAACUCAAGCUGGGGGGGGGGGGGUAGAUAAACAACCCAAACCCAAACGAUUGCUAACCCAGAUAGACCCUAGGAAGAGGCUUAUCAUCACAGCCUGAUUCACCUGCUUCUGGGCUUGGGGUUGUUAACACUGUUUCUGCUGCUCUGGUGGAGGCCUUUGGAUCAUAGAGAGAUCCCUCCUUGGCCUAACAUUUAGCUUUUUUCUCAUGCUGUGUCUUGGCUUCUGCAUGGGGGCAGGGUUGAGGGGAGGGGAGUGUUCAUGAAUCCCAAACUCUUUUGAGAUUCUGUCCCCUGCCUCUCUGAAGAUUUCUGCUGGGCACCAUCUCUCUAAACAGGGAAAGCUUGUGUGUGUGUGUGUGUGUGUGUGUGUGUGUGUGUUUUGACAGACAGGCUCCUGCCCUUGCCAGGCAACUAUUUUGAGAACUGUGGUUUUAUGUUUCACUUACCCUUCUAAAUUAGAUACUAGAAGAACAAAUCUUGCAGCCAGUUAGUUUAUAUUCAGUUGAGAGAGAGAAGUAAUUUACAAUUUAUGAGGAGCCUAAGGUGAAGAGAAAAUUAAUCUACCUGAGGAAGUCAUUCCAAGAAGGGAAAUUCUGCCAGAGUGCUGCCCAGGUCCAGCAUUCUGUGUUUGAGAAUGACAGAGCGUGGUUCUCACCAUGCUCUGGGGCACUUUCAUAUUUUAGGAAUACAGGACUUCAAUAUCUAGUGCCUGUCUACAGAACAGAUGGGACGCUUGCCUUCUGGGCCAGAGGGAAGAGAAGAAGCCUGGAUUUCUUUCGGCAAGCACAGCGUCUGCUUGUUGGGAGUUGGAUUCCGGAGGACCCUGCUAGGAAUCUUCUUCUGUGGCUUCCUCUAGCUAAGUAAAUGCACGAUUUGAGGUCGAGUGAGAUCAAGAAAGGCUCAUCUCAUAUACAGUUCAGCUCAGUCUUUAAGUCUGAGAAAAGUAGUCCCCUGAAGACCCCAAAUCCAAGUUGAUUUAGCCUCAGAGUGGCCUUGCUUCCCUCGGUGGGAUUCUGCCUUCCCUGCCUGGAAGGGAUUGGUUUUAUAAAGGGGCGGGGCGGACAGCGGGGCGGGUCUUCGUUACUCGGCAGCUUGUCGCCUAGACAACCGAGUGCAGCUUGAUGGAGUCGGGAAGCAAAGGGUUAGUGAAGGCAGAUCCAGGAACGCUGAGCCCGGAGCAACUGGAGCAGUUGCGAGAUUUCAAGAUCCAGACUCGGAUUGCAAAUGAAAAGUACUUGAGAACUCACAAGGAGGUGUCACUGCUCAUUAGUGGCUUCUUCAGAGAAAUGUUUCUGAGAAGACCAGACAACAUUCUUGAAUUUGCUGCACACUAUUUCACGGAUCCAAGACUCCCCAACAGAAUUCACAUGCAGCUAAUUAAAGAGAAGAAAGGAACCUAAUUAGCAAAGCCUCAAUGCUCCCGCUGCUGGGAGAAGCCAGAAGGAAGCCAGCCUUGGGUGGGUGUUAGCCUCCUCACUCUUGUGAAGAACAACACGGGUUUAUGAGUCCAGGCCACGAAAGACGUUGAGUGGAGAAACAGCAAUGUGAUAACAGCAGAGCAUUUCCUGAGUUUAGGAAGACAGAGGCUGUGACUGGAGGCCUAGCAUUGUCUCUGUGUCAGUGACAGGAGUCUUUGGUCUAGUGAAGUGGAUUGGGAGAUGGAGAUGGGAGGUGUCCUGGGGGGGGGGGGGGACAGGAGCGUCAGUACCAAGUCCUUUCCUGAGCCUAGAGGUGAGGAGUUCUCAGACUCUUGGAGCAGAGUCCCUCCUACAGUCUUCCAACCACCUGGUAUAUCGAGAUUAGCCCUUAAGGCCGUAGCAUGUUUUAUUGCCCCCCCUCCCCCCAGGAAGGAUGAUUCCUGAAACCAUUAUGAAGGCUGGAGAGGUUUAUUCUUUGUUUGUUUUUUCUUAAUGUGAGGUUGGAAAGGCCACUGUCCUAAUCAAGUGAAACCACAUGUGUUUUUGCAGGGUUGUCUGGAGCCCUGAGAGCAAGCAGUGUGGGCUUCCAAGCUGUGUGAACCUUGUCCUAUCACUGGGCCUUUAAGAUCCUCAUUAAAUCCAGUCUUGCCUGUC